AAUGAUUAGUCGAACGUUGCAAUCAUAACUUACAACAACAUGUCUCCGAUUCAUAGAAAUUUUCUAAUAUUUUUCUUCUUCUGCAAAAUCAAAAAUUUCGGUGCACCCUUACCACCGUUACUGUCAGACGACGAACUGGGUACGGUCGUUCUGUACUAUAACAGUCCAUUUAUCACAUCCGAACAAAUCAUCUCACCAAACGUUUCUCUAGUCAGUUUUGCGCCUGAUCUACCCACAAAGUUGAUCAUUCAUGGCUACAUAGCGAAUAGGUUUCACGGUUCAAUAGAACCGGUAAAGAAUGCGUAUUUGGGUCGAGGUGAUGUGAAUGUUUUACUGGUCGAUUGGGAGCAGCUCGCCCACAAAUUGUAUGAUGAAUCAAGGUCCUAUGUACGUCAGAUUGGUAGUCGAAUCGGAAAUCUGCUGUCGCAUUAUAUUAGAAAUCAAAAUGUAAGUUACAGCGACAUACAUGUGAUUGGUCAUUCCUUAGGAGCGCACAUCGCUGGUAACGUUGGAAGAUAUUUCAACGGUCACCUUAGGAGAAUAACGGGCCUGGAUCCUGCAGCACCACUUUUUACUAAUUCUUCGAUUGACGCAAUUAAACAGUCCGACGGUCAAUUUGUUGAUAUAAUUCACACCUGUGGCUAUUCGUUAGGUGAAAUUUGGGCGCGGGGGCACAUUGACUUUUAUCCAAACUCUGGAAAAUUUCACCAACCAGGGUGUCGUAAAGAUGAUUUAUUGCAGCUGUUUUCAUGUAGUCACUUCCGUGCACCACUAUUUUAUGCGGAGUCAAUCCUAUUCCCGUAUUCUUUUACAGCAGCCAAGUGUACGUUUAGAGAAAUAAUGGCCGACUCACCGAAUAAGUGCACAAACUCAAACGAAAAUGUCUAUAUGGGAGAUAUCGUCUCGAUGGACUCUCGGGGAUUAUAUUAUCUAACCACCAACGAGAUGUAUCCGUUUGGAAGGGGAAAUUACAGUCAAUAUGGAAUCCUCUAAAAUGUAGAAGUUCAAAAGUUCAACAAGCUGUUACAAAUUGGUUCGUUUAAAUAGACAUAAUGUACUGAUAAAUACAACUUUUUAAGAACUGAAGU